CCUUGGGACUCCCCUGACUUCCGACUACGCCGGAGGCUGUCCCGAUGACUGCCCUUCCGGGAUGGCGACAGUUCCACUGCCCCAGGACGGCCGUCUUGUAGAUGCCGCGCCCUCGUGGCUGCAGCGCUCAGUCUCCGUAGCUCUCCUGCUCCUGUCCCCAGGACCUGCAGUUCCCAACCUGGAGUCGGGUGUCCCGGGUAGCUUGAGGACACCGGGUGCUUGGCAGGACACUGGGUUCCUAGGUUGCUGCCCCAGGCUUAAUGAUUGUCCAGAAGGCAGCUAUAAAGAGCCUGGGUGGAGGAGAGAGCGCAGAAAAACACAGCUCAGCAGAUCCGGGCACUGGAGAGGGAGCUGCAAGCAGGAGCAGUGAAGAGUGUGGUCAGAAGCACCGUGAGUGGGCCAGCAGGGCCGGCUUUUUCUACCAUGGCGGCCCAAGGCUAUGGCUAUUACCGAACUGUCAUAUUCGCAGCCAUGUUCGGAGGCUACAGCCUUUACUACUUCAACCGCAAAACCUUCUCUUUUGUCAUGCCCUCCUUGGUGGAUGAGAUCGCUCUGGACAAGGACGAUUUGGGGCUCAUCACAAGCAGCCAGUCGGCAGCCUACGCCAUCAGCAAGUUUGUGAGCGGGGUGCUGUCCGAUCAGAUGAGUGCCCGUUGGCUCUUCUCCUCUGGGCUGCUCCUGGUUGGUCUGGUCAACGUAGUCUUCUCGUGGAGCUCUACAGUAACGGCCUUUGCUGCUCUCUGGUUUCUUAAUGGUCUGGCACAGGGGCUAGGCUGGCCCCCCUGUGGGAAGAUCCUGAGGAAGUGGUUUGAGCCAUCCCAGUUUGGCACUUGGUGGGCUGUGUUGUCAACCAGCAUGAACCUGGCUGGAAGCUUGGGACCUAUCUUGGCGACAAUCCUUGCUCAGAGCUACAGCUGGCGCAGCACCCUGGCCCUGUCUGGGGCACUGUGUGUGGUUGUCUCCUUCUUCUGUCUGCUGCUCAUCCACAACGAACCUGCUGAUGUUGGACUCCGAAAUCUGGACCCUGCCCCCUCCAAGGGCAAAAAGGGCUCGUCAAAGGAGGAGAGCACCCUACAGGACCUGCUGCUGUCCCCCUAUCUCUGGGUGCUCUCCACUGGCUACCUCGUGGUCUUUGGAGUAAAGACUUGCUGUACAGACUGGGGCCAGUUCUUCCUUAUCCAGGAGAGAGGGCAGUCCGCCCUCGUGGGUAGUUCCUACAUCAGUGCCCUAGAGGUUGGAGGCCUUGUAGGCAGCAUUGCAGCUGGCUACCUGUCAGACAGGGCUAUGGCAAAGGCAGGGCUGUCUGUGUAUGGGAACCCUCGCCACAGCCUGUUGCUGCUCAUGAUGGCUGGCAUGGCAGCAUCCAUGUUCCUCUUCCGGGUAACGGUGACCAGCGACUCGCCCAAGGAAGCUUUCUGGACUCCUGCUCUCCAUCCUCUGGCUGAGCUCACAGGCUUUACGGAGUACGAGAUCUGGAUCCUGGUGUUGGGAGCCGUGUUUGGUUUCUCUUCUUAUGGUCCCAUUGCCUUGUUUGGAGUCAUAGCUAAUGAGAGUGCACCUCCCAACUUGUGUGGUACCUCUCAUGCUAUUGUGGGGCUCAUGGCCAAUGUGGGUGGAUUUCUGGCUGGGUUACCCUUCAGUACCAUCGCCAAGCACUAUAGCUGGAGCACAGCCUUCUGGGUGGCAGAAGUGAUCUGUAUAGCCAGCACAGUUGUCUUCUUCUUGCUUCGAAAUAUCCGCACCAAGAUGGGCCGAGUAUCCAAGAAGACAGAGUGAAAAGAGCACUCACUAUAGAGCAUCCCCAACUGCAACCUCAUUGGCAGGACACAGAGAGGGAGAGAGGCUGCUCUGGCUAGCACAGAGCCUUUACAUAUCUGUGUCUACACUGUCUCUCUGGACCUCCGUGGUGCUGCAAGUUACCAGUGGCUAAUGAGGUCCUAUGCUCUAUUUAAAUGAUGAUGUUUGGUUUUAGGCUCCAUUGGCUUCUGUUUCUACCUUCUAGCAGACAGACAACUCCUAAAUUCAGGGUGUCUCCUAUACCCCUCUUCCUCUCCUGAGUCCCCAUCUCCUAGUGAGGUGGUCCUAUCUCUGCAGCUGCAGAAUAUUAAUGGCCUGUGGUUUCUGCUGUACCCCAAGGCUUCUUGUUAGGGGUCAACACUGUUGCCAAUACCUCAGUCCUUAAGGGAGGAGAGGAGGCCACCACUCUCAUCAGUACCCUGGGACAAAAGGGAGGAAUGUAGAGGGCAAACUGUCUUGUAUAGACUAAUAAAACUAGAUUUGAUACUAAA